GGGGUCUUAAAUGGGCGGCCCAGAGGCCCCAGUCUCCCCCCGGAGAUUCUUGGACCUGCUACUGCCGACUGCUGUUUGCGCAGCUGCUCCCUCCGCAGGUUUUUGAAACAUGAAUCCUUCACUCCUCCUGACUGCCCUUUGCUUGGGAAUAGCCUCAGCGGCUCCAACACUUGAUCUCAGUGUAGACGCGCAGUGGAACCAGUGGAAGGCAGCACACGGGAAACUCUAUAACGAGAGUGAAGAAGGAUGGAGGAGAGCGGUGUGGGAGAAGAAUAUGAAAGUGAUCGAGCUGCACAAUUGGGAACACAGCCAGGGGAGACGUAACUUCACCGUGGCGAUGAAUGCCUUUGGCGACAUGACCAGUGAGGAAUUCAGGCUGGUGAUGAAUGGCUUUCAAAACCAGAAGCACAAGAAGGGGGACAUGUUCCAAGAACCGGCCUUAGCUGAGAUCCCCCCAUCUGUGGAUUGGAGAAAGAAAGGCUGUGUAACUCCUGUGAAGGACCAGGGUGUGUGUGGUUCUUGUUGGGCUUUUAGUGCAACUGGCGCCCUUGAAGGACAGAUGUUCCGGAAAACUGGCAAACUCGUCUCGCUGAGUGAGCAGAACCUGGUGGACUGCUCUCGCGCUCAGGGCAAUGAGGGCUGCAGCGGUGGCCUAAUGGAUAAUGCCUUCCAGUACGUCAUGGACAACAAAGGCCUGGACACAGAGGAAUCCUAUCCAUAUUAUGGAACGGAUGACACUUGCAAAUACAAGCCUGAGUUUUCUGCUGCCAAUGACACUGGUUUCGUGGACAUCCAUAAGGACGAGAGGUCCCUUAUGAAAGCAGUGGCAAGUGUGGGGCCCAUUUCUGUUGCUCUAGAUGCAAGCCUUGAGUCCUUUCAGUUCUAUGAAAAAGGCAUUUAUUAUGAUCCGGAUUGCAGCAGCGAGGACCUGAAUCAUGGUGUUCUGGUGGUUGGCUAUGGCUUUGAAGGAGUAGAAAUGGAUAACAAUAAAUAUUGGAUUGUCAAGAACAGCUGGGGUACAAAGUGGGGCAUGGAUGGCUACAUAAAGAUGGCCAAGGAUCUGGACAACCACUGUGGGAUCGCCUCCAUGGCCAGCUAUCCUACUGUGUGAGAUGGUGGUGAUUGAGAUGUGAUUAAGAACAGAAUAACCAGAGGAUGAAUAUUAUCUUAAAACUCAUCAGAACCCUGGCCGGUGUGGGUCAGUGGUUAGAGUGUCAGCCCAAGCACCCGAGAGUGUUGGGUUCAAUUUCCAGUCAAGGGCAUAUACUUGGGUUGCAGGUUUGAUCCUGACCCCAGUGAGGGUCUGUGCGGGAGGCAACCAAUUGAUGUGUCUCUCUCACUUCGAUGUUUCUUUCUCUACUCUCUCUCUCUCUACCUCCCUCUCUCCUGUCCAUUCUCUCUCUAAAAAUAAAUAAAUAAAUAGGAAAAAAUCCUCAGGUGGGAAUUAUUAACAACAACAGCAAGAAAACAAACAAACAAAAAACCAAAACCCUGCUCAGACCUGUGGGAUAAAACAGUUGAGUCAUUGAAUAUCUAAGCUGUGAUUUGAAUUCGGCAAGAUUUUACACUGGUAAAAUGUUCCACUUCUUCAAUUAUUGUGUUAACAACUUGUAUGAUUGACUUGCCUAAUAACUUUUGCAUUUUUAUGUUUAAAAAGGAUGUAAGCAUUUUUAUCUUUUAAAAUAAAACUUUCAAAAUAGA